ACUCCAAGCCACAAUAAACCAUGGGAUGGCAGCAGCAUGUCGGGGUUAUAGAGGUAUAAGAGCAGUCCAGGAUAAGAGUAGAAAUAUGCACAGAUAGAUGCAGGUAUCCUUGUUGUCGGAAGCAUCUGUGCAGCCACAGCCAGACGCGCCAAAUAGGCCUGCGUACGAUCUUGUAAUUAUUUACGAACAUACAAUCCAUUGCAAAUGACGGCCAUCUGAUUUGCUCAACAUUGCGAUUUGCGGAGAAUAUUUAUAUGUUUGGUCGAGUUUAUUGGCUCCCUUGUCUUAUGGCUCGAAGAGUUUUUUGCUUGGAUUGAAAUGGGAUAUGGGAUUUAUAUCGACGAAGAUCUGUGGACUUCUAGCACUUGUCUUUGUGUCCCUGUGCAUCAUCGUUGUGACGGUCGACUCAACCGAUGUGAGGUGUGAGAAGAUAUACAAGGACUUCUCGGACUGUGUCCUGGAGCUGGGGGAGAGCAUGGACAACUACCAGGAGAACGUGACCAGUGAGAGGGGAGUUGAGGCGGUGUGCAGCCACUGGGAAGCCUUCCACACGUGUGCCCUCACGGCUCUGUCAGACUGUCAGGAGGAGGUGGGCCCCAUCUGGGAGACCCUCCGAGAGGACUCCAGGAAGAUCCGCUUCCAGGGGAGCCUGUUUGACCUGUGCGCCCCGAGCUCCUCUCCCUUCCUCCGGGCCUCUCUGACCACACUUCCCCUACCCCUGCUGGCUGGGCUCAUCAUGUCUGUAGCCGCAUACGCAUGAAGCGGACUCGUAAGCAGACCACCUGUCCCCCCUCCCUCUGCAGACCCAGAUCUCUUUACAUUAUAUUCUCCCCUGAGCACUAAAAUCGUCAAGCCAAGGAUUUCCUUAAGCAAUUUAAUGUUUGUAAAUCAAACACUGCUUACGAGUUUGAUCAGCACAAGAUUGACAAGUUAGCAAAUUAGGCACUGUUAUAAUGGUGUGGCAAUUUUAAAGGGCCACAGUAGAUGUUAACGCAAAGCCAUAGAUGUUAUGUUUUGGAAGGCUAAUGUGUAACCACUUCAAGAAUAUCAUUGUUGGGAAAUGUUAUUGAGCAUAAGCUUUGUCAGCAAGGUUGACUUUGUGCUGUUAUUUUGUCAAUGAGCUGAUUUAGAUAAACUCUAGUGACAUAGUUGUUUGAUAGAGAAAAAAACAAAACUGUUUUGUAAAAAUAAGAACUAGUUUAUACUGUACAUGUUGACAAGUAUUGAACCAUCUGUCAAACCAGACGCAGAUGGUACAUGCAUAAGACCGCCACGUAAGGAUAUUGCAAACUGUCGUGAUUUUAUGUUUAUGUGACAAUCAAGCGAGGUGUAUGAAACCUAAUAAAUGUUCACGCAAAUCUUAGCUACUUCUGGCUACUUUUGCAUGGCCGCAAUUAAGACACCAAAUUAGGCAUUGAACCCCCAUAACUUCCUAUUCACCCUGGCUAAUAAUCUCUUUCUACAUGCAUUGUUAUGUUAUGGCUUGCGGAAUAGGAUUUAUAUUGUUUAUUGCUGAACUGACUGGUGUUACUGAACACAUUCAAAUGACAUGAAUAUUGAUUUUUUUCCCCCCAAUUGAAUAUUCUACAUGGUAUUGCGUUGAAGGGCCACAAAAACACAAUAAACAAGCAAUAAAGAGCUAACUAGUAACAAUUAUAACAAUGAGCUCCACCUUCCGCCGUUAAGGCCACACACUAACGGCUUAUUAAAUGAUGGACAAUUGCCCAAGUAUGACAAUUAAUGUUUUAUUCACAUCAUAUCAUAAUUUAGCCCUUUUGAAAUGUGUGGUCCUUGGUAUUUAUAAUAAUACGAUUACAAACGCAUGAUUAUUUUCGGCAUACGGUUUGAUGGAAGCAGAUGGAUUUUAUAGAUGCAUCUGUCUGCUCCUCGACACAGAGCAAGUUGUAAGAUCUAUGCAUGAAAUUGGAUUGGAUCCCAAGUAGAAGCAAUAUGUUUUAGUUUGUUUUUAUCCAUAUCGAUUCUCUCCCCAUUGGCAUGGUUAGUAGUAGCUUGUGCUCAUUUUUAAGUAUUAACAAAGUGUCAACCCUUGUUUGUGUUGGCCGUAAAUGUCAGAUAAAAAAUACACUGUAUUUUUGGCUUAUAAAGCAUGAGAAAGAGGUCAGUUAUCUUAGCGUCUGAUGAGGUAAGCAUGAACAUGAUUGCAUCCAGGUCUUCAGUAACAUGAAAAAGCUCAUAUACAUAAAGUUUAUCGAAAGAACUGAAUGUAAACAUGAAAUGCAAUACCUGUCAUUUCUGGAAGUCAAUAACAAAGCACAUUAUUUAUAAAAGCCUGUACCAAGUAUUGUAUCACAAAGUAAUAUGUUUGUAACAAUAAAAAAGAACUAUCUAUUGAAAUACCCA